UCCGGUCUCUAUGGUUUCUCAUCAGGCCCGCUUUCUUUCCCCGAUAGUCGUCCAGGUUACGGGGCGCUAGCGUGGGGAAACGACUGGAAAGCAGCUAGAGAGGCAGGCUUUGAGGUUGCCAAGGAGCGGCUGAUCUUCCGUUUCCGGUAACUGAGGCACGAGGAUCCGGCGUUCCAACCCAGCGGGAAAAUGCGGCCUCUGACUGAAGAGGAGACGCGAGUAAUGUUUGAGAAGAUAGCAAAAUACAUCGGGGAGAAUCUGCAGCUGCUGGUCGACAGGCCCGACGGCACCUACUGUUUCAGGCUGCACAACGACCGGGUGUACUACGUGAGUGAGAAGAUUUUGAAGUUGGCCGCCAACAUCUCCGGUGACAAGCUGGUGUCGCUGGGGACGUGCUUCGGAAAAUUCACGAAGACCCACAAGUUUCGGUUGCACAUCACGGCUCUGGAUUACCUAGCACCGUAUGCCAAGUAUAAAGUGUGGAUAAAACCUGGAGCAGAGCAAUCCUUCCUGUAUGGGAACCAUGUGCUGAAAUCUGGACUUGGUCGAAUCACUGAAAAUACUUCUCAGUACCAGGGAGUUGUGGUGUACUCCAUGGCAGACAUCCCUUUGGGUUUUGGGGUGGCAGCAAAGUCUACACAAGACUGCAGGAAAGUAGACCCCAUGGCGAUUGUGGUAUUUCAUCAAGCAGACAUUGGGGAAUAUGUGCGGCAUGAAGAGACAUUGACUUAAAACGAAAUCAUCGCGAGGACUUGUGGCUGUGUGGAAGGGCCUAGCUUUGUUUCCUGUGUCUGUGUAGGCUCCACCAUCAUGUUGAAUUUUGUCAACACUGUGACCUCUUCAGGGACUUCUUAGUUUAAUAUUCUAUUAUGGACAAAUGCAGGCUGGAUUCUUAUUAUGCAGAAAUGGCUCAAAAACGGGGUUUUGGAUCUUUGUGAUUAUGACUAACUAGAAUGCUGUGUUUUAUAUUUGAAUCAGAGGGCUUCUUGUUUUGAGUAACAGGUUCUAAAUUGUUGGAACUGAGGACAAGAAUAGCGUAUUGUUAUCUGUGAUAACACUGUUUUCCAAACACAUGAUAAGAACGUAAUGAAUUUUCUUAUUUAUUAAUACUAUGAAAGAUAGAUAUUGCCAUCAGAAUAGUAGGUCGUGUGUGGAAUUUUACAAAUGAAAUUUGGAUAAAACAGUAAGAGCAGUUUAUUCUGCCGAUUUUCUUUACGGUAGGUGCUGUGUAGUGUGGAAAAAAACUUGGAUUCAAACACCAGUUCUCACAUCUACCAGCUGUAUGGCCUUAGAUGAGUCAUUAAACUUUAAUAAGCUUCAUUUCCUUCUGUUUCAAAAAGCAGCCUAGCCGUCUUCCUAAGAAUAGUUUUUAGAAGUGGAAAUCGUGAUCGUAAAGCAUCUAGCACAGUGCCUGGCAAAUGAGAGUGUUGAAUAAAUGGUAAGAGUUAUUUCUGUAACAUUUAUACUGAGUAUUUCUGUUACUAAGAGUAGGAUCUUAUGAACAUAAUUUGAUUAUAUUAUCUUGGCUUUUACAAGCGGUUUUCUCACUCUUUUUCUUGAAUGGUAUGAUCCCAGGCUGAAUGUUAUUUUUAUCACCUUGAUAUCUAAAACAAUUUCUCUUAUAAAUCUUUUGGGUUUUUUUUUUAAUUAAAAAAAUUUUUUUAUUGUAGUAUAGUUGACGUACAAUAUUGAGUUAGUUUCAGGUGUACAGCAAAGUGAUUCAUUUAUACAUAUAUUCUUACAAAUCUUUAAUUACGUGACUGGACUGGACAAAAAGCACUACUCAGAAACCCUGAAAUAAUAAUUUAGCUCCUCCAUCCUUCUCCCAUGCCUUCCAAAAUUAUUUUUAGAAUUACUAAAAUAUUUUUUAGUGAAAAACAUGUCACAGACAAAAAAAUUUUUAAGUACCUGUAUUGUAAAGCAAUUUCUUUAGUGCAUAUACUGCUUAAUUUAAAUUCCAAAGGUGACAUCUCUAAAAAUAAAUCAUUUUUCAAUUACAAAAAAGCACUCUACCAACUCCUGUUUUUGUAUGCAACAUAUAAAACCCAGUUUUAUAUGUUUUUGUCCCAUAUUUUUCAACUUUUCUCCCUUCCAAGGUUCUCUGUUAAUUUCUAAAUAAACAUAGUGAAGGUUAAGGGGCUGCAGUACGAUGGACAGUAUUUUGAUGGUAGCAUUUAAUGUGUACUUUAGAAAUAGUCAACGUCAAAACUUUACACACUUUUAUUUAUUGCUAUUUUGCCUGUGUAGAUGAGAGCAAUAGGCUACAACUUUCUAACAAGAAAAAUUGAUUUUUUUCCCAAUAACUUUACAAAGAUUUGAGAGAGCUUGUGCCCCAGAAGAAAAGAGCCAGGGCACUGUAGUUGUUCGAGCUUAGCAUCUUGGCUUCUUUGUGUCUGUAGUCGUUGGGAUGUUGAAGAGACGCUUCAAGAAAUACAGCUGCAGGAUCCCAGAAAGAAUAAUAACAAGGCUCUGGGCUGUCGACCACCAAUUCACAUAGUUAUAGUUUGACUGGAGUAGGAAAAAGUCAGCCAUUUUUCUCAUGCGAGCGAAGUUGUAGUAUCGCCACAUGUGAAAGAUAUUGUUCUGCAGCUUUCGUGUACUCUUCUGCAGGACAGAAAAUGAAAUACAGAAAGGGUUCCUCCGUAACCUCAUCUAGCCUCCCCUGGGUACCCACCAGCACUAACUUAGUUUAUCUGGAAGUUGAGUAACUUACGAUUUUAUAGUAUGUAAUAAAUUGGCUCUUGGAGUUGUUGAUAAAUGCUAGUUUUGUUGUCUAUGAAAAAAUGGCUUGGACUUCAGUUAUAAAAAAAUAAUUUUUAUAAUGAAAAACUUCAGUGCUAAAACUAGAAAGUUCCUCCAGAUUAUCUCUAGAUUUAGACAUGUACUCAGCACAUCAUUGCUGUUCUGGGUGAUGUCUUCUGUUCUUUGUAUAUGGUAAAAGAUAAGGGCCUGCAAAUUUUUAUGGAAGGGCCAGACAGUAAAUAUUCUAGGCUUUGCAGGCCAUACAGUCUCUUGCAACUACUAAGCUCUGCCACUGUAGCACAAAAGCAGCCAUAGACAAUAUGUCCAGUUAGCUGUCCCUCAUUAUCAGUGGGGAGAUGGGUUCCAGGACCUGCAGAGGAUGCUGAAAUCCCAUAGUCAGCCCUCCGCAUCUGCAGGUUCUGCAUCUGCAGAUACAGAGGGCCAACUGUAAUUGUCAAAUGAGCAUGGCUGUGUUCUAGUCAAACUUCACUUACAAAAACAGGCAGUGAGCUUUUGUGCAUCAAGCAGACUAUCAAGAAAGUCAAGAGAGAUCCCAGAAAAUGAGAGAAAAUAUUUGCAAAUCAUAUAUCUGUUAAGAGACUAGUAUCCAGAAUAUAUAAAGAACUCUUAGAACUCAAUCAUAAAAAGACAAAUAACCAGAUUUUAAAAUGGGCAAAGGAUUUGAAUAGACAUUUCUCCAAAAAAGCAUGCAAAGAUGCUCAGUGUCAGGGAGACACAACUCAAAAAUCACAAGAUACCACUUAUACCCACUAGGAUUGCUAUAGCAAAAAAGACUAUAACAUGUUGGCAGGGAUAUGGAGAAAUUGCAACACUCAUACACUGCUGGUGGGAGUGUAAAAUGGUUUAGCCACUGUGGAAUAUAGCAGUUCCUCAGUGAAGGUAAAAAGUUACCAUAUGUGCCAGCAGAGUAUACCGCUUAUAUGUGUACAGAGAUGAAAGCAUGUUCACACAAAAAUUUGUAGGCAAAUGCUCACAGCAGCAUUGUUCAUGAUAGCCAGAAAGUGGAAAUAACCCAGAUGUCUACCAGCUGAUAUGUAGAUAAACAAAAUGUGUUUUAAAUAUACAAUAGAAUACUAUUCAUCCAGAAAAAGGAAUGAAGUAUUAAUACAUGGUACAAUGUGGAUGAACCUUAAAAACAUGCUAAAUAAAAGAAGCCAAAGACAAAAGUCCACAUUGUAUGAUUCCACUUAAUAUGAAGUGUACAGAACAGGCAAAUCUAUAUAAACAAAGUAGAUUAGUGAGGGAUUACCCAGGGCUGAGGGGCAUGGGGAACACAGAGUGAAUAAUAGGUCUGCAGUUUCUUUUUGGGGUGAUGAAACUAUUCUGGAAUUAGAUGCUGGUAAUGGUUGCAGGACCUUGUAAACCACUAAACUGUACACUUAAAGUGGUGAAUUGUAUCUAAGUUAAAAAACAAACAGGCAGUGGGCCAGAUUUGGCCUGUGAACCGUUGUUUGCCAAUUCGUGGUAUAAAACAAGUGAGGAAUUUCAAGAGCUCCAAGUCACAAAAUUAAUUAAAGGCUUCAAAUCCCUUUGCCUGUUUGUUUUCUACCCAAAUGAGCCCUCACUCUGAUGAUAUUACUCCCAUAAUUCUAAUCUUUCCUCCAAAUAUAAAGUCAGUUUCCAUGGAUGUUUCUCUCCCACAAAACAGUUACCUCAAUUGCAUCCAAAGUAUCAUUCAGUUGUUUUCUUUCAUUCUUCUCUUUGUGGUCCAUCUCAGGCCCCUCAUAGAAGACUCCAAAAUUGAGGUAUACUUGUACAGAACCAAAGUGAUUUUGCUGAUUUUUUAGACAAAGCUGAUAAAAACCUGUAGGAAUCCCUAGAUCAUUACCAAAUCUUGGUCUCCCACCCUCCCACCCUCUAGAUUUCCCUGGAGAUAACUCUUCUCCAGUGUUAAAUGUGCUACUAUAGCACCUUCUUUUUACUUAGGAAGUACAAAAUCCAGUUUUUGAUGUGGAAGAUACUGAUCUUACUUGAAACUUAUUUUACUAAUUAUUUAUAAUAUUGUUUUGCCAAAUACUGGUAGCUUUAGCUCUAUGUUGGAUAGAAAAUGUUUUCUUCCUCUUUUUCAACGUAUAAUUCCCACAUCUCUUAAGGAAUUUCUGAUCAAGAGCAUAUUAAGAGCAUAGUGUUUGCUUCUUGCAUACCAUGAGAGUUGGGAUAUCAUUUGAAUUUGAAAGUAGGGAAAAAAUGUAUGCUUUGUGAAUGAAAGAAGCUAUCCUACUGGAGUAACUUCCUGCAAGGUGGUCUGUAUGGGGGCUGAUGAUUGGGGUAUGUACUGGUGCUUGUUCUCAACUGGGGUCACCUCCCCGCGUGUGGUGAUGGGGGAGGAGUGAGGAGGAGCAGGGUUGGAAAGGUGUGGCAGUGUAUUUGAUUGUCGAAAUGGCUGGAAGGCACUACGUAGGGGCCAAAGAUGCUGCAUAAUAAUGCUGAAUAUCCUGUGCCACUCAGUGAUUCUCUUACGUCCCUGUUGAGAAAUAGUCUUUUUUUGUGCACCUGGCUGGUAGAGAGGACAGUUCAAACUGACUGGUGCCGUCCAGGGUGAGGACAGGCUCGAUCUGGCUGUAGGAAUUUUCUGGUGACUGGAGAAGUGCUUUGUUGUAGAAUGCGGAUAUUUUUCAUGGCCAUGCAUUUCCUUGUGUUCUGCUUUUUGGUAACUGGCUCAAGUGUUUUGAUGACUGAAAAGAAAUACUGUCCCAUAAUAAAUUUAUUAAUUGGAAUUCUGUUUCAUAAGUGGGUCUGCCUGUUUUGAUCACUUUCCAAUAAUCUGGUUCGUUGGAGAUGAUAAGAUAAAAUCGAGCUUCUGGACCCUGGAGUUAUAAUAAUUAGUCACCUGGAGACUGCUUCCAAACUGCCAGUGGACCGCUGAUUAAUGUCCUUGGCCAUUGGCAGUCUCCAGGAAAUCUGGUUUUUGGUGUUGAAGGCUAAAUCUUUUUCUUACUAUUUCACCAUCCAUAUGUGAAAAAGCCAGAGCUUUUACAUCUCAGGUACUUAAUUAAGUUCAAUAUUUCCUCAUUAUUUUCCCAAUUUCAAAGAAACAUAUGAUUAUUAUAAUAGCCGUGAUGACGAAAACAGACCUGUCUCUUGGGUGGAGAAGUUAAUCUGGCCCCGAACAUUCUUAGUGGUGUCUAUAAGGAAACCCUGUGGGGUAUGUGCAGUGGCAGCAACAUGCCGGUCAUGUGACAUUCCCAGUGUCCGCUGAACCUGCCGAGACACAUGAAAGAGGGAGAAAAGCUCCUGCUGCAUCAUCAGGAAGCUAGCUGAAUGGUAAGAUUGACAUCCAGUGACCAUCAGCACAGUGGUUCUCAAUCAGGGAUGGUACUGCCCAACCCCCACUUUGAAUUUGGGCUGAGACGUUGCCCUGGUGUUGCGAGUAGGGGAAGGGGGGCGGGGACAGCAAUGCUGAAUAGCCUGCCGUGUUAGAAAUAGUAAGCAGGACAAAGAAAUGACCCAAAUGCCAAUAGCACCCCUGGUAAGAAAACACGUCUCAGACCAUGCAGCUGACAUGUUGGUGUAUAUGAAUCUGGCUGUAGAGUUCUUGGCAGAACUCACUUGGUUUUGACCUCCCCAGUGGUAUACUAGAUUUGGGCUUAUUUGAUGCUUGACAGUAAAUAAAUAAGGCAUUCAAUAGGUACUUGCCUCCAAGCUGCGUCUUGAUAAGCCCAGGCUACAGUGACCUGACUAGUAGCUACUAUUCUAUUAUAAAUUCAGAGAUAAGAAAAAUCUCUGGUACGUUAAUUUAAAAUAAAUUGUAAGUUACAUUGGAGUAGAAUAAGAUCAACAUAGUCUUUUACUCUGUAAACAAAAUUUAGAAAGUUAAUAGGUUUCUAAGAUAAAGAACAAAGGAAAUGAACAGCUUCUAAGUUUACUGUUGAGCAGACCAUCCUUGGGCACAGCAUGGAUUAAAGUACUUGGCCUGUGAACAGGCAACUUGAAAACAUUUACCUUCCUAAAAGCAACAGGUCUGACUGCAUAGAGAAGCCUUGAGUUACUGAUUCUCCAAUUUGCUGGAAUUACCCCUAAAGGCAAGAGAGUAAAUGUUGCUCCCCCAACCUCAUAAACUGAAGCAUCUUUGAAAUCUCUGGGUUUGUCUCCAAAGUUCAUGUGACUUUUCAUUCAACUUGGUACCAUAUCCAUAUUAUUUUAAUAUUUAAAAAAUGGAUUCUUUCGCCUCUCAUCUCUAAACUCGAGUAAGUGUGAUGAUUACCUCUCCAGGAAGAGGCACCCGGUUUGUCCCAUGACUUUGAGCACACUUCCACAGCCCCCAAUUUGAGAAGCCAAACCAUAUGUUUUAGUGAUUAUUCAUCCAUCAGGAGUUUCCAUUUAACUGCAGGUCUGUUUCAUUAACAGGUGGGGAGUCACAGCAUAAUAAAGACAACUAGAACCUUGUGUUCAUUUAAAACCUGACCCCCUUUACAAAAGGAAAUGAACAAACAAGAAAAACAAGUCCCCAGUAUGACCCACCUCAUAACUGAAAUAGAAGUAUCCAGUCUGGUGGGCAAAUUGCCAAAAGCAUUCUGUGCCUCCUGGAGGGAUCACGAUGGCAAAGUCGUAUCGAUCCGCACCACGGAAGAGGGGCUGGUCCCCAGAGCCACUAAGAGGUUCUGUCUUCUGGCUCCUUGCAGAGCUCACUAGGUUCAGAACCACCAGUCCAGCACCAAAGAGCAAGGGGAACAUGCUGCUCUCUGGAGACUGCUCUAACUGCUUGCAGCAGCCCAGUGGAACCAAGCAGUUUAGACAACUGCUGGGAUAAUCAUUAACUCUGCAAGUCACACAUAGGCGAGUCUCAGGGCCACACAUAGAUAUUCCAGAAUAGAACUGGCAUGGUACCCCACGUUGGGCUCACAGGAAAGAAUUUUGCUUUCACCUCAAAAACUCAGUGGCUUACCAGACCUACAUCACGGGUGCUAGGUAGAAUCUAUUACUUCAGAAGAGAGAUUUCCACCCCUCCUCUGGGCUGUCAUUUUUCAGUUCUUGCCUCUUGGGGGUAAACAUUAGGCAAAUUUAUUUACAACCACCUGAAUGUACGGACUCAUUUCUCGGUACACAGUGGCUGGGGAGAUUUUUCUCAUUCGUAUCAAAUUGCUAGAUGAUACGUGUCCCUCCUAUAAGACGUGAGGGGCAACACCUGUUUCAACAGACCUCUUUCUGCCCAGUGCUACAGUUUAGGCGAGCAAAGCACAGCAUGGAAGUGUGUGUAAAAAUUUAAAUGGAUGAAGAAUGAGCAAGAGACAGUGGUCAAACCCCUCCACUGAUAAUCCUCAUUCUGCUACCUUCCACCUGACUGAUACAGUCAUCUAAAGCUAUCCAAAAUCCACUUAAAGACUAUUACAGGGACUUCCCUGGUGGCGCCGUGGUUAACAAUCUGCC